UAAACCUCAAUAUUAUACGGGAACUUAGUGUAUGGUAGUAUUUCCGGGACUCCCUUUCUCUUCAGCUUUGUUAUAUCUCAAUAGGUAAAGUUUGGAAUUUGGAAACAGCGGAUGAAAGUAUUAUUCUCCAAAUCCAACUCAUUUAUGCUUGUUGAUUGUUUGCUUCAUUUACGGUCUCAAUAUAAACUGAUCGAGACAGAAGAUGACGGAGAUGAGUCAGAUAAUUCAGAUUCACAAAAUAAUGAAAUUUUGGACUUAUCAAAACUCACAGAGAUGGGGCUUGUCCCUUCAGGUCCCAGCCAAUUGGAUACUCGGUCUCAGAUAUUUUGUGAGUGUGCUGAGCUGAAUCCUGAACCAGUUGAUGGUGGGUGCUAUUUUGGUUAUCUCCAGUCCUGGACUUUUGCCUUACAACGUUUGCUUUGGUAAUUGAUGCUGAUUUGUUUGUGCUUUCUUUAGAGGAUGAAGAUGACCAGAACAAGUGGGUUUUUAGUGCUGAUCAGAUGGCAUAUGAUGUUGCAAGUAUGAGAUUGACCAAUCAACUUAUCUACCUAUUAUCUCACAUAUUACUUAUUGGUAUCACUAGAGUAAGAUUCUGGGUGGUGUUUCUCCCAAAAUCCUACUAGCUCAAUUGGUCAUUCAAACUGGGAUCAUGAUGUAGCCGGUAGAGUGCCUGAGGUAGGCCUGUGAAUGACUGCUUCACUCACAUCUUGAAAUGCCAACCAUGUUUAUUUGAUGUCUUGUACUGGUCUGGGACCUGUUUUAUAGCUGUGUUGUGCAAUACAAUAGUUUUACAUUUUC